AUGAACUACCAAGUCCUAAUCAGCGGCGAACAAGACGCAAAGGUUGCCGAAAAGCGGCGCGCCGUUUACCUCCGACCUUUCUUACUAUUCUGGCUCAAUUCUCUCUUCGCCGAAGUUAUCUUCCUGGCCGUCGGCAUCUUCAUGAUGACCGGAACCCGCGACCUGAUCUAUAAAGUCCUGUGGACGCUGGUCUUUUGUCCAUUAGGCAUGGGCGGAGCAAUGGGUGGCCUCACGAACUGUUUCAUCGUCGAUCAUUAUUACGGAAAGAAGGCGGCUCAUUUCACGGGGAUUCUUGCAUUGCUGGUCCUGAGUAGCUGCAACUAUCUGUGCUACAACCUGGAUAAACAUUUUGGGUGGUUUGGGGCUUCGGAACACCCGUGGUGGUUUCAUUGGCGGUAUCCUAUGAUAUGGGCAGUGGGCUACUCGAACGGACUACUUUUGUUCACGGAUAAGGGUCAAGAGAGACUGGCUGGAAUGGGUCUUUAA